AUGGCACCCAAGACUGAAAUCCUCUUCCUCGGCGCGACGGGAUACCUCGGCGCAGGCAUCCUCACCCGUCUCCAGAAUCACCCCAAGGCGAGCGAGUUCUCUAUCACCGCUCUCGUGCGCAGCACAGAGAAGGGUGAGGCCCUCAAGAAGUUCAAUCCCACACUGAAGUACGCUGUCGGGUCCCUCUUCGACAAGGCGGAUUACCCCGUCAUCGAGGACCUCGGCAAGAAGGCGGACAUUGUCUUCUCUUGUGCGGACGCGGAUUACCUCCCGUGGACGACGGCCCUGCUCAAGGGUCUGAAGGCGCGCUUUGAUGCCACUGCUGUUGCCCCCGUCUUGAUCCACAUUUCUGGGACGGGUAUCCUCCUGUUCACCUCCGACCCAGCGGGUGACCACUCCGACCUCGACCUGGCCGACGUCAAGGCUGUCCCACCUACUGCGCUCCACCGCAACGUCGACCUCGCAGCCAUAGCAGCCGACGAAGCUGGCUACGUGAAGACCUACCUCGUCUGCCCUCCGCUGAUCGCUGGCCUCGCCUCGGGCCCGAUGUACGACGCGGGUCUCGCGCACCGCCACUCCAUCCAGGCCCCCGCCCUGAUGCGGCCUGCGCUUGACAGGAAACAAGCCGGUGUCGUGGGCGACGGAAAGGGCGCGUGGGCUGCCGUGCACGUCAACGACGUCGCGGACAUGUACAUGUUGCUGUUCGACAAGAUUGUCUCGGGCGCGCCGGGCGUCGGCCACGGCUGGGAGGGCUACUAUUACCUCGAGAACGGCGAGCUAUCGUGGAACGCGAUCGCCAGCGCGAUCGGCAAGGCGCUCGUCGAGCUCGGUGCGGCGAAGUCUCCUGAGGUGACUCCAUUCACGAAGGACGAGAUCACGAAGUACUACAAGUCUGAGUUCGCGAGCUCUGUGGUAUCGUCGACGUGCCGCUGCAAGGGCGAGCGUGCGCGCGCUCUGGGCUGGACGCCGAAAUACAGCGUAACGGACAUAGUCGCCGGCUUCAAGACCGAAGUGGAGUUCCUCUGGAAGAAGGCGCAGGCGGAGGGCAAAGUCGACCUGACGCCAAACUAUGGCGUCGAUGCGAUGCUCCAGCGGUUUGCCUCCUUGUCGGCGUAA